AUGGUCACGCGCUUGGCCGCGCGGUACGGGGAGAGCGUCGGCGAGCAUGCGGGCCGCCCGCACUUUGUGUUCCCGCCGGUGCACGUGCUGGCGGCGGAGGCCACGGAGGAGGCCCUGCGGGAGGACGGGUUUGGGUACCGCGCCAAGUUUGUGGUGGGCACGGCGGCCAUGCUGCACGACGACGCUGCGAAGGCGGGCCUGUCCGCGGAGGAGCUGUUGUGCUCGUACCGCGCGCUGCCGCGCAAGGAGGUGGCGCGGAGGCUGGUCAAGUACCCCGGCGUCGGCAGGAAGGUGGCCAGCUGCGCGGCGCUGUUCUCGCUCGACCAGCUCGGAGAGAUCCCGUGCGACACGCACAUUUGGCAGAUCGCAACGUCCAGGUAUAUGCCGGAGCUGAAGCAGAAGUCGCUCACGGAGAGGGUCUACGACCAGGUCGGCGAUUUUUUUAGAGCGCGGUUUGGCGAGGAGGACGCGGGGCUGGCGCAGACAAUGCUCUUUGUCGGGGAGCUUGCCGAGUUCAAGGGCUUGGCAGAGGCGCGAGACGGGAAACCGGCGGGGGGGAAGGGGAGAAAGCGUAAGGUGAAAAAGCGGAAGGCAAGAGUGGGCAAGGUGGAGAAGAAGAAGGAGAAGAUCAAGUGUGAGAAGAUGGAAACUUGUCUCGCAAAGGGAGAAGACUACGUCCUGCGAAAACCGAGCGCAAAGAGUGUUACUAAUGGACUCGCGUCUAAGAAGAGAGUGCGGGCCGCAAGCAAAGCUGAGAACGAGAUGGUUGUGGUGGAGGCAAAGAAGGAAGAGAAUACUUUUGUCGCGGUCAAUACAAGCGAGGAGGCAGCGGGUGCUUCAGUUACAACGGGUAAGCCUUACUCUGACGAGGCUCCCGCGAAACGACUGAAGGCGGAGAGUCUACCGAUUGAAACUUGUAGCGAUACGGUGUGAGUAGAGAGGUACUUGUAAAUACAACAGUUCUCAGGCGGUAGCAGUGUUGCCCAGAUUUA